GUACAUGUUCAUAAUACUGCGAACCGGAAGGGUGGGACCCGAAUAGAAGUUCUGCAAACUUUGCGUCACUUUCGAAUCAUUUUUUUUAUUGCACUGCAAGAAAAGCAGGAAGCAGAGGGACUUAAAAAAAAAAAAUAAACAAAAAAAAAACAAUAAAAUAAAAUUCGUAGGUUUCAUUAAUCGGAUCAUUAUAAAUGAGGUGUUGGACAAGGAGUUGAAAUGUACCCGAGACUGUGCAAGGAGUAGCUUAUUUGAACUUGAACUGAAGUGUUGUCUGUUUGAUAUUUAUUUAAAUUUUGAGAGUAGUUGGGCUUGGAACACAGGAAACUGAAGGACGAGUUCAGUAUUAACUGUUAAUACGGGAGUCUAGGCAGUAGGCAUCUCCAUAAAUAUUCGAACAACAUCCUCCAAUAACAACAAUGCUGCUCUGCUGCUGAACCACAUACUGUACAAACUCUGUGACUUGCUAUUGAGAAAUAAGUUGAACCUUUUUAGGUUGGUGGUGGGGACACCUUGGUAACAUGAAUCUCCAGCCACGGCGGAUCCGUCUGAAACCCUGGCUGAUUUCCCAGGUGAACAGCGGGAAGUACCCUGGGCUGCAAUGGUUAGACCAUGAGCAAACACACUUCCAGAUACCCUGGCGACAUGCUACCCGCUACGCCCCCAUGCAAGAGGAUGAGAACACCGUCUUCAGGGCCUGGGCUUUGGAGACUGGGAAAUACCAGGAAGGAGUGGAUGAGCCCGAUCCAGCCAAGUGGAAAGCGAAUCUGCGCUGUGCCCUCAACAAGAGUCGCGAGUUUAAACUGAAGUACGACGGGACAAAGGAAACCCCUGUUAAGCCAUUUAAAAUAUACGAGGUGUGCGACCAGCAAUGCAAUGGAGAUGCAGCUGAAGAUGAGGAAGAGGAGCUCCCAAACCUAGGUGGCCUCUCUAUUGCCCCCACCAGUUUCCCAUCUUAUCCACCAUUCAAGCAAGAACUGCAGUUCAACCCCUGUAUGAAUGGAACCUUUAUUCCUCGCAGUCUUCCCGCAAUGGAGCCAAUGCCUUGCAACAUCACCACCAACCCCAAUGGCAAUCUUGGUAUAAGAGAUGGUUCUUACCAAAAUGUGACUGUGACUGCUAAUAACAUCCCUUUGCCAGAACAUACAGUGGGAAACCUUGGACAUGGAGGCUUUGCACAUGCCAAUACCCCGGCAGGUCAUGUUGAUAUGGCACAUGGAACCAUUCCUGUAGAAACACUUCCUCAAGUAGAAGUACCUCCACAGCUGUGUAUUAACGAUCUGCUCAUCAGUCCACAUAUGCUACCAUUGACAGAUUUAGAACUAAAAUUCCAGUAUCGUGGGAAGCAAGCUGGGACCUUGACUGUCAGUAACCCCCAGGGCUGUCGUCUGUACUAUGGUAACUUGGAGCCCAUGCCAGACCAGGUGGAAUUGUUUGGGCCUGUGACGUUGCAGCAGGUGCUGUUCCCUAACACAAUGGAGAUUCCCAACGAGAAGCAACGUUACUACACCAACCAGCUACUGGACGUCAUGGACAGAGGUCUCAUUCUGGAGAUCCGCGGACAGGAUAUCUAUGCCAUACGCCUUUGCCAGUGUAAGGUAUACUGGUCUGGACCAGCAGUCCUGGAGGAAGCUGGGCCCAAUCCUAUCGAGAGGGAAAAGAAGAUCAAAAUAUUCAGCUUGAACGACUUCCUUCAUGGACUGAUCCUCUAUCAGAAAGGAGAAACUAACGCCCCACCUCCCUUUGAAAUAUACUUUUGUUUUGGGGAGGAUUGGCCAGACAGGAAACCAAAAGAGAAAAAGCUUAUUAUCGUCCAGGUUGUCCCUGUGGUUGCCCGAAUUCUGACCGAGAUGUUUUCAGGUGAACUGUCCUGGUCAACAGACAGCAUCCGCCUGCAGAUCUCCAAUCCAGACCUGAAAGACCAGACGGUGGAGCAGUUCAAAGAGCUUCACCGGAUCUGGCAGAACCAACAAACACAAGGGCAGUGGGGCGUGCAGCAACCUGACCUCCACUAAAGAACAGAAUACACUUGGCAACAAAGAGCUCUUACAAACUCAUAUAUACUGAUGAACGCUGUGUAGUACAGAAGGAUAAAAACAAUUGAACAUAAGCCAUACUGACCCAAAAGACUUAACAGAAAGAAGAAAAAAAAACAAUAUGUACUGAACACAUUGGCAGAUCAGACUUUUGCAAUCAUUUUAAAGCACGACCCUCUUAUGGCACCAAUUGUUUUGCCACUUCAUUUUCUGAAUUUUAGAUGAUGGUAUGCAUGAAAAUGUGCAGAUCAAGAAACUUGAGAA